AUGGCUAUGUUGAGCCCCACUGGCUCCCCUCUGGGCCCCUAUGCAGACUCUCCUCCAGCCUUUCCUGCAGUGCUGUCGGCAUUUCUCCCUCCGCCAUCCACAUUGCAGGCUCAAUUGGUGGCUAAACCACCCUCCCCACAGUGGUCCACUGCCUCCUCUUGGGAUGGUACCCCAGCCCCUGCUGUUACAUCUCCUGCCAAGUCUGCUAUGGCUGCCUUUCCUCCAGCCUCUGUGUCACCCUGCAAGAGACCCUCCUCUCCAUCCCCUCCAUGCCACCUGUUCACCCCUGUGCCUCUGGCCUCUGCCUCCAGUUUGGAUGUCACCCCUCCCCUGCUCCGCUCCCAGCCGCACACCUCAAAACUGGGGCAUCAUGCUGUGGACUUAUGUCAGCUUUCUUCAAGUUGUGAUAUGGCUGUGCCUCAGGCUGUAGAUGCCUCUGCUCCGAUUACUUUGGCCGACCUACAAUCUCUACUCCACUCUCUCCCCACCAAAGUUGAUAUCUCUAAUCUCACCGUGCAAGUGGUGGACAAAUGUAAGCAAGACUUUGCGCAACUCAGCACAGAACUCUCUUCUCUAUCUGCUAGGGUGGACGCUGUGGAGGCGACUCAGGAUUCUACCUUGUCCUCACUUCAAGCCUUACAAUCGGUGGUGAGCAGUAACUUGGACCAGAUGUUCUACUUUCAGCAACAUCUGGAUGAUAUUGAAAACCAGAGUCGCAGAAACAAUAUCCGAAUCCGUGGUUUGCCCGAGGCGGUGUCUUCUGGGUAG